AUGACAGUAACUCUGCAAGCGAUGAAGGACGUUGUGUCCACUCACAGUGUCGAAGCACUGAUUCAAUGGCUAUACCUUCGGGUUGCCAAAUUUGACAUCAAAGACUACGCAAAGUAUAUCUCAGCUGCCAUUGAACUCGCGAGGCUAGCAGACAACACAUUCGACAAGUCCUUAUCUGGGGCGCUAAGUCAACGCAGCUGGGUCAGAAUUACCCCCAGUACGUUAGAAACGAGCACAUUGCCUCAGCAACCCUUCUUCCGCUUCGCCAUUCUGUACGCCGUAUCAUCGUUCAGGCCUGCGUUAAGGAUCUUUUUACAACGCGAUGCCCCGAUUUCAUCGAUGGCAUUGAAAGUUCUCCUUGCUUUGGAUCUGACCUCCUCCAAGAGGUGA